GGGUCCGGGUUGAACAAACGUAGUAUGUUUUCAGAUUAAGCUUCCUGUGUUUUGGAAGGAUAUAGAAAACGUCCCUUUAUUAAACAUCUGAACAUGGCGGUGAACACAGGCACAUCCCUGGUUCUGUCCAGUCUGUUGUCUGUAUUGGUGUUUGCUGGGAUGCAGAUGUUCAGCAGACAGCUAGGCUCCACAGAGUUGCUCACCAUUCUGGGAGGUUUUCUGGGCUCUGUCCUCUUCAUCUGCUCCCUCACUGCCUUCAAUAACCUGGAAAACCUCAUCUUCGGGAAGGGCUUUCAGGUCAAGAUCUUCCCUGAGAUCCUGGUGUGCCUGUGCCUUUCCCUGUUCGCCUCUGGACUGGUACACCGGGUGUGUGUCACCACAUGUCUGAUAUUCUCUCUCUUCGCCCUGUACUACAUCAACAAAGUGUCCGCUGGUCUAUACCAGGCCACUGUUCCCACGGUAGCUCCAGCCAAGGCUACCAGCAAGGGCAAGAGGAAGAACUAGUUCAUCCUUCAGAUUUAGUUUUCAUCCAAUCAACUUACCAGUAAAGGGAGAAAUGGUGUUGUUUAACCAAUGACGGCACACCCCCCCCCCCAGUUACCAUUUAGGAGCCCAUACCAACCAGUGUCUUACAUCGUUGCUCCAUGACCACUCAUCUCUAAUGACUGGAUAGUUUUAUAUCGUAGCAAUAUGUAUCAGUGUCUGCUAUGACUGAGAUCUAUCCAUUCCUGCCCAUACACAUGCCCAGAUCACCCUGCCCAUACACAUGCAUACAUCCAGGUGUGGGGGAAAGGAAGCUCUUUGAGAUAGAGGCAGAAUCAUGUCUUUACAUUCCCAGCAUCAUCCCCAAUGUACUCAGCAUUUUGGUUCAUGACAGAUCCAUCAUUUUGAUUUUGAGGUCCCUUUUGUUUUGGUAUGUUUAUCAGGUUAAGAACACUUUUUUUGUUCUAACUCAUUUGUAAUUAAAACCCAUUGAAAUUAA